AUGGGGGGCGCCCAGGCCCUCGCGCCUGCCGAUGAUGCUCUUGAAGUGGGAGGAGUGCGGGCCUUUGGCGAGAGCAGCGAUGGCUCGGGCGGCGUCCAGGGGGUGGCGCCAGAGCUCUUUGGCCGGUACCCCGCCGGCUGCGUCGGCUGCGGCCGCUUGUCCUGCUACAAAUAUACGGGGGCAGUGCCAGCCAAUGGGAGCGUCAUCACCCGCGUCAGCCUCUCCGCGCCGACGCUCAUCAAUCCUACGAAAUCGGCCAAGUACAAGCCGUCAGUGAAGGAGGUCCUCGCUUGGGCCGGGUCGCAGUUUGCAAUCCCCAGCGGCUACCUGCGAGCGGCUGUUUUCAACAAGAAUCUCACAAAGUCAUACCAAGACUGGACUGAGGCGGUUGUCAUUAACCGAAAGUCGGUCAAGCGGCGUCAUGUGCGGCUGGAGCAGAUCCAGCCGUGGACCUCGACGUUCAACCCGUCCAAUGACUUUGAUGCACUGCCGGUCAGCAACGGCUACAUAUUGGUGCAUCUCGACAAAAACACAGUCUACGCAGUGACAGGUGGUUACAUCCCCAGCCUGCUCACCCCUGCCACAAUGCCCCGGGGCGGGUUCAUCAGCUCUGGCCGCGCCAAAGCCACUGCCGCGGCCGCGGCGCUGGCAGCCGCCCCCGACGCGCGCCCCGACGCCGCCGCCGCGCUCCGCGCCGCCGCCGCCGGCGACGUUCAGGCGCUCGCCGCGCGCGCGCUGUCGCCCGCGUCGCUCGGCGCGCCGGACGCGGGCGGGGGCGGUGGCGGCCAGGCGACAGCUGACGCGCCCGAGGUGGUGUGCUUCUCGGAUGGUUGCAAGGCUGCGUUUGCUCAGAGCAUAUUCCUGCCCCCGGGCAGCACCAGCCAGCCGCGUGACCUCAAGGUGUAUGUAGAUGCGACAGACGGCAGAGUGAUCUCGACCAGAGAUGAGCUGAGGACCGGCGUGUCUGCAUCUAUCGGCACCGGCACUGCGCUCUACGCCGGCGUCAUCACAAGGCUCAACACGGGCAGGAGUUCCAACAGAAACCAGGCCGGCGGUCGCUUUGAGUUGACGGAUUUCAGAGCAAACAAGGCGCAGACUUUUGACUUCCUGAAUUUGGCGGUAAACGACAUCUUUGUAGUGCCCGAGCUUGAGAGGGACGACGACAACAACUGGGGCACGGGCAGCGCGCGCAUCAUCACCACGGCGGACCGCCAGACGGCUGCUGUCGACGCGCACUGGGGUGCUGGCCUCGUUCACGAGUACUACCUGAAGGUCCACAAACGCAAGAGCUUUGAUGACAGGAACACCCCCAUCAAGUCGUACGUCCACGUGGGCUCAAAGUACAACAAUGCGUUCUACUCUGCCGGCACGAUGUACUAUGGAGACGGCUCCCGCAACCCCGACAACCUUGGAUCGUGCAGCACCUCCGCCUACGGCCCGGUCACCACCCUCGAUGUCACCGCCCACGAGAUCACCCACGGCGUCACCGAGUUCUCGGGCAGGAUGAUCUACACCAACUCGUACGGCGCGUUCAGCGAGGCCGUGUCAGGUUAG